AUGAAGCUCCCAACCGCCCCCAUCUUGGCCCUCGUGGUGUGCCUCUUGGUAUUCUCUUCCGUCGAGGGCGUCGUCGAAGUCGACUCAGGUAUCGCUGUUUCCCAUGCCAGAGAAUCCCCAUGAAACCUCUCUCUCUCUCUCUCUCUCUCUCUCUCUCUCUCUCUCUCUCUCUCUAAGGCGUGAUGCGUCUUCUCUGAAGCUUUCUGCGCCACAAAGUGCAAGGCCAGGUGCGCCAAGGCGAGCGCGAAGGACCGGUGCCUCUUCUACUGCGGCGUGUGCUGCAGGGACUGCAGCUGCGUGCCCUCCGGCACCUACGGCAACAAGGAUGAGUGUCCCUGCUACAGGGACAAGCUCACCUCCGACCAGAAGCGGAAGCCCAAGUGCCCAUGA